CUUCACUCUUUCUUUACUCUUAUCUUCUAGUAUGGUGAUCGGGCAAUAUUCCAAAAUCCGUGAACGUCAGGAAGACAGGCUGUUUGUCGGUGUAGCUCUUUUAAAGGAGUCCGGUUCUUUAAAAGUUUUCUGUCAUGGUUAUAAUUGUAGCAUUUAUGGUACUUCCUUCGACCCAUUACUCUUAUCGCAGUCUAGUUACAUCUUCUUGCAAGGUGGUCUAAGCGAUAGUGGAGUUCCCUAUAGUGUGUAUUGGUUCGCCACCCUUGUCACUAUUUCCUGUGGGUACGGGGUAUCUAGUCCUAAACCAACUGUUGGUCCAAUAUGCGAAUCAUCGUGCUGUGAACGCGUUGGCAAAAACGUCACCCCAACAUGGCGUCGGUGGCAGUUGGGUCUUUUAUACUUUCUUUGCUGUGCAUUGUGGGUAGGCAGCACUUGGAAGAUAUUAGAGUCAUCUGUAAUUCUAGGAGGAAGCGGGUAUUUCGAGAGCAACACAAGAAUAAUAAGACUUAUGAAGAUUUGUUUUAUGUUGGCCAAUAGGAAUAAUCCGGUGCAUUUAUUUCUUUUGUCGUUGGCAUUGAAUUUAAAAGUCCUUUGUGCAGCGUCCAGGGAUGCACCCUACAACAAUAGCGUCUUUAGUUUUUCUGACUAA